AUGCAGGAAGCCGAUAGGCAAGUACUAUCGGAUUUUGAGGUUUUAAGAGGCAUUGCUGGUUGUGGUGAGGACACAGGAAGAGAUGAAUUUGAUAGGCUAUGGUACUGGUUAUUCCCAGUGGUUGUUUCAUUGUCAAAAGAGAAAAUUAAAAAGUUGUGGGAUUGCACAACACCUAGAUGGAUAGAGGGCUUGAUUACAAUAGAAGAAGCUGAGAAUGCACUAAGAAGUUACAGGGAACUGUUAAAGGAGCCAGGAACAUUUGUUCUCGAUUUCCUACCACCACGAAGCUGGCGCAUCCGGAUCUUUGGAAGCCUAGUUGUCACUUACAUUGGCUCUGAUAACUCAAUUCAUCAUAGGCUACUCUCUCUUGAUUCUAGUGAUGCUAGCGCUGAGAACCUGCAAGAUCUGCUGCUCCAGGAACCUGAACUAUCCCAAUUGGGCAGGGUUGAUCGGCUCCCAACCGCCAUCCGGUGA